AUGUUGCCUGCUUACGGGCUCCGCAUUCUUCAUCCCAAGAGAGAGGGAGAUAUUGUUACUCUAUCGGUGCCAAAAUCUGAAUACCAAAAAAAACUUGAUGAGUUUCAGUUCGCUCUGAUCGGAAGGCUUAUCCAACGUAAAGGCGACAGGCCGCGUGCGUUUUCGGAUCUCACCCAAGAGCUUCAGACUAUUUGGCAAUGCUUUGACUGCCAAUUUGUGCCCAUGGCUAAGGGCUUCUUUGUCGUCAAAUUUCCUACGUUAGAAGAGAAAAAGAAAGUGAAGGCGAAUUCCUCUAUACAAUUGUCGGCUGGUCACGUCCGUUUCCGUGAGUGGACUCGAUAUUUUGAUCCGUAUAAGGAAGUGUCGUCUCUAGCCCAAAUUUGGGUCCGGGUGUACUAUCUUCCUGUUGAAUUAUGGACUCCGGUGAUCAUUGCGGGUAUUGGUCGUGCACUUGGACAUCCAUUACGUAUUGAUAAUGCUUCGGCUAUUGGCCAUGUUGGGCACUUUGCGAGGAUCCUGGUUGAGAUUGACAUGGCUUUACCUAUUCUUAAUUCUAUGUACGUCGAUGACGGUGAUAAUUCGUUCUAUAUUGAGUUUAGCUUUGAAUCUAUGCCUCUGUUUUGUUCGCGAUGUAAACUUACAGGCCACUCAACGGACAAAUGCCGGAAACUCGUGAAAGAUAAGGAUAAGCAGAAGAUCGUGGAGGGUUCUAAAGAGCAGGACAUGCAAAAUGCUGUGACUACCGUUACUAAGGGGGAUUUUUUGAAGCCUGCUUGGCAGCCUAAAGAUUAUUCUCAUGAAACCAUUUUGGAGAAAACGUCUGGGCCUAUCACGGUGCCGGUGAAAGAGAGUGAUCUGCCUCUCAUUGGUAAUCAUUUUCAGCUACUUGAAAAGGAUGAAGAGGUGGACGAAACUAUUAUUGCGGAUUCAGAUUUUAUCGUUAGGAAAAAGGAUGAGGGAGUGGGCUAG